CCAAAAUUUAGCAAUUUUUUUUUUUAAAACAAAAGUUAGAGAGAGAAAGCAAAUCUCAAGUGCAUUUUGUUCCUAUUUGCAAGCCUCUGAUUGAACACCCCUCUACUGGAGCCUUAAACACGCACACACACGCAGACUCUCUCUCUAGAAUUAGCGUUUCUCUCUCUCUUCUGCGUAUCGUACGGUACUACGCUACAGCGAAUCGGAAGGAAGUAUCAGCGUACGGUCGAAGAAUAAAAAUUUCUUCUUCUUCCCUCUCCUCCCUCUGUCACUUUGCUGCUUACUUUUUUUUUUUUGUUGCUUUGUUUUGAAUCUUUUAAUAUGACGCCAGAUGAUGGAGGAGCUGUGAUUUAACGGUGGAUCGAUAAAGCAGAUUUGACGUCAUAUACUUCCAAUUAGUUGCAGUAAAUAAGAAUCCAUCUUUUUCUUCAUCUUUUCCCCCUUUGAAUUUCUUUUUUAAAUUCCUUUACCUCUGCACUCAAAUUAGGGGGUGAUCUGAAAUGUAUCAGAAGCUUUGAAUAACUGUUUAACAACUUUUCAGUUUCACUGAUAAAUUUCUCUGAGUUUCCCUUUUCGCGCGUGAAGAUCGUCAGAUUGUGUGUUUUUUUUAAUGAUUUUUAUCCAUCUGGCUCUAAAUUUGGAGGAAAAAGCUCUUGAAAUUUGAGGCAUUUCUGACAAAUUUGGCGGGAUAUGGUUUUUUUCCGCUAUUUUCUGGGAAAAUCACCUGAAAGUUCUACGAGUUCCAACAUUGGAUGAUCAGUUAUCUUACUCCAAUAAUUACUGCUUAAUCAGAGUAUUUAUGGUCGAAGUUAGGGUUUUUAACUGUAAGCAAUGAAAAAUGCCCUGUAAAGACCGCUAGAUUUGGGGGCUUUGACAAAAGUGAGCUUUUACAAUGGUGAAAUCCGUUUUUUGUACUUGAAUGCAGUGAGAACUAUUUUUGGUAGGUACUUUCUAAAAGAUACAGGGAAUGUUGUGUCAAUUACAGUGUAAAUACGCCAUCACUUCUACAUCUGGUGCCUCCUCCUAAUCCAAAAGAGCGGUAAAAUUUUUCAAAAAAAAAAAACCUGUGUUUUUUACUUUUACUUCAAGGGAUUGAUAAAUGGAGUAGGUACCACCAGAUCUGGAGGUUGUUUGACCAAAUACCGCAUUUGAUUCACAGUCGAGAGAGAGGGUAGAAUCGAGUUUCACUGUUGAGAGAGACGAUAGAGUGGAAUCCGGUUUCACUAUUAAGAGAGAGAGAGUGCAGAGCACUGGAGUUAGAGUUUUGCUUGCUUCUGCAGAAGCAGUGGAGUAAAAUAGUAACAGUCCAAGACUUUACUCAAGAUUAAAAAAAUAAAGAGAAGAGAAAGUAGAGUUGAAAUUUUUGGGUUGUUUUACUUGCUUGUUGAGAAAGCAAGGGAAAGGGGUUAUUUAUUAGAGCAUGGAAUUGGUCAAUAUCUGCCUCUAGUUUUUUCACACUGGGAUCUUGUUUUGUCGGAGAGGUGCUUUUAUGGAGCCUGCGUUUUUUCUCCAUAGGCUCUGUCCUUUUCUGCUGUUGCUGCUUCUUCUUCACCUGUUUUGAAGAGAGAGAAAGAACUGCUCACUAACUGUUAACUAACCCUGCUGCUACUUUUUAGCCUCUGCUUCUUCUGAAACCAUAGACCUGAAAACUUUGAAAAAAAGAUAAGAUUUGGUUGAAAUGGUGGGAAAGAAGAAGAAACCACAGUAAAAAAAAGUGGGAAAAAGGAGAAAAGGGCUUUGCCCCUGUUAGGUGAGAAGCUUAUAUAAAGCUAAAGCAAUGUCACAAGGUUCCGAGAGAGAGUUAAGGAAAGUAGAGCAGUGGAAAUGGUCUGAGAUGCAGGGGCUUGAGCUCGUCUCUUCUGAGGUAACAAUUAAGAGAGAAGAAGACCCAUCUCCUCCUGUUUUAGAGAGGGAAAGAAUGGAGACUGAACCAGAGCCAGUUUGUGUUGCAGACGGGGGGAGAGAGAGAAAAAGAGAUGGUGAAAAGGGCAAUACACUUCCUAGUGUGGGGUUUAUGAAGCUUUUCAGAUAUGCAGAUGGGUUGGAUUGUGUUCUAAUGGUGUUGGGCACAGCAGGAGCUAUUGUUCAUGGCAGUUCUUUACCUAUCUUCCUGAGGUUCUUUGCGGAUCUUGUGAAUUCGUUCGGAUCAAAUGCUGAUAAUCCAGACAAGAUGAUGCAGGAAGUCCUGAAGUACGCAUUUUACUUCUUGGUGGUGGGAGCAGCCAUUUGGGGGUCCUCUUGGGCAGAGAUAUCGUGCUGGAUGUGGACUGGAGAGAGGCAAACGACCAAGAUGAGGAUCAAAUAUUUGGAAGCUGCUCUGUAUCAAGAUAUUCAAUAUUUUGACACUGAUGUUCGAACCUCUGAUAUCAUUUACGCCAUUAACAGUGACGCUGUUAUGGUUCAGGAUGCCAUCAGUGAGAAGUUGGGGAACUUCAUACAUUACAUGGCUACCUUUGUCACUGGUUUCAUAGUAGGUUUCACUGCAGUUUGGCAGUUGGCCCUUGUAACUCUUGCAGUUGUGCCUUUGAUAGCCAUCAUUGGAGGCAUACACGCCACCACACUCACAAAGCUUUCCUCCAAGACUCAGGAUGCCCUCUCUGAAGCAGGCAACAUUGCUGAAGAGACAAUAUCACAAAUCCGUACAGUUUUUUCCUAUGUUGGGGAGUCGAGAGCUUUGCAGGCAUAUUCCUCUGCUUUGAAAGUGGCACAGAGGAUUGGGUAUAAAAGUGGAUUGGCCAAAGGUCUUGGACUGGGAGCUACAUACUUCACUGUAUUCUGCUGUUAUGCUCUUCUCCUUUGGUAUGGAGGUUGGCUUGUGAGACGCCACCAUACUAAUGGAGGAUUAGCUAUCUCCACCAUGUUCUCUGUAAUGGUUGGUGGCCUAGCAUUGGGUCAGUCUGCUCCCAGCAUGGCUGCAUUUGCGAAGGCGAAAGUUGCAGCUGCAAAAAUAUUUCAGACCAUCGAUCACCAGCCAAAUAUUGACCGCAAUAGCACUUCCGGCAUAGAGUUAGAAUCUGUAACUGGUCAUGUGGAACUUAGAAACGUGAACUUCUCAUACCCAACAAGGCCAGACACACCUAUACUCUGCAACUUCUCUCUCACCAUCCCCGCUGGUAAAACCAUAGCCAUGGUGGGAAGCAGUGGAUCUGGAAAGAGCACUGUUGUGGCCCUCAUAGAGAGGUUCUACGACCCUACAUCAGGGCAGGUGUUGUUGGAUGGGCAUGACAUCAAGAGUCUAAGGUUGAGAUGGUUGAGGGAACAGAUUGGGCUCGUUAGCCAAGAGCCAGCUAUGUUUGCCACCAGCAUCAAAGAGAACUUGUUGCUAGGUAGGGGGGAUGCUACGGAAGUUGAAAUUGAAGAAGCUGCAAGAGUUGCAAAUGCCCAUUCAUUCGUCAUAAAGCUUCCCGAGGGCUAUGACACGCAGGUUGGAGAGAGAGGGGUGCAGCUAUCAGGAGGGCAAAAGCAGAGGAUAGCAAUAGCAAGGGCAAUGCUAAAGAACCCUGCCAUUCUUCUCUUGGAUGAAGCAACUAGUGCUUUGGAUGCAGAGUCAGAGAAGCUGGUUCAAGAGGCACUUGACCGCUUCAUGAUAGGGAGAACGACACUUGUCAUUGCCCAUCGUCUCUCCACAAUUCGCAAAGCUGACUCAGUAGCUGUACUCAACCAAGGCAGCGUCUCUGAAAUGGGCACCCAUGACGAGCUCAUGUCCAGAGGGGACAGCAGUUCCUAUGCAAGGCUCAUACGCAUGCAAGAGCUCGCACACGAGACUGCUCUCAUUAAUGCAAGGAAGAGCAGUGCAAGACCUUCAAGUGCCCGGAACUCAGUGAGCUCACCUAUCAUUGGGCGUAACUCUUCUUAUGGACGCUCCCCAUACUCUCGGCGCCUCUCCGAUUUCUCUACUUCAGACUUCAGUAGUUUAUCAGCUGACCCCCACUCUGCAGCAUACAAAUUAGAGAGGCUUCCCUUCAAGGACCAGGCCAGCUCUUUUUGGCGCCUCCUCAAGAUGAACUCACCUGAGUGGGGCUAUGCUCUCCUUGGUUCUGUGGGCUCGGUUGUUUGUGGCUCCCUCAGUGCCCUCUUUGCAUAUGUUCUCAGUGCUGUCCUCAGUGUGUACUAUAGUCGUGACAACUCUUAUAUGAAACGUGAAAUCAACAAGUAUUGCUACCUCCUCAUAGGGGUGUCUUCAGCUGCUUUGUUAUUCAACACAAUGCAACAUUUCUUUUGGGACAUCGUGGGGGAGAACUUGACUAAGAGGGUGCGGGAAAAAAUGUUGGCUGCUGUUUUGAGGAACGAGCUUACUUGGUUUGAUCAAGAUGAGAACUUGAGCUCGAGGGUGGCUGCCCGCCUCGCCCUUGAUGCUAGCAAUGUGCGUUCUGCCAUUGGUGAUCGUAUAUCAGUCAUCAUGCAAAAUUCAGCCCUCAUGCUCGUUGCCUGUAGUGCAGGUUUUGUGCUUCAAUGGCGCCUUGCCCUUGUUCUUGUUGCAGUCUUUCCAGUCGUGGUAGCUGCCACUGUUUUGCAGAAAAUGUUCAUGAAAGGAUUCUCUGGGGACCUAGAAGGCGCCCACUCCAAAGCCACCCAAAUAGCUGGUGAAGCAGUGGCUAAUGUGCGAACGGUUGCAGCAUUCAACUCAGAGGCCAAAAUUGUGGGCCUAUUCGCCUCCAAACUUCAAUCCCCUCUAAGGAGGUGCUUUUGGAAGGGUCAAAUUGCAGGAAGUGGGUUUGGUGUGGCCCAAUUCCUCUUAUACGCGUCGUACUCUCUUGGCCUCUGGUAUGCCUCCUGGCUCGUCACACACUCCCUGUCUGACUUCUCUCACACUAUUCGCGUCUUUGUCGUGCUUAUGGUCUCUGCUAAUGGUGCUGCCGAGACCUUGACCCUUGCCCCUGAUUUUCUGCGUGGGGGCCAAGCCAUGCGCUCCGUAUUCGACCUCCUUGACCGCAAGACAGAGAUGGAGCCAGAUGACCCCGACGCCCUUCGCCCCCCUGACCGCCUACGUGGUGAUCUCGAGCUCAAGCAUGUUGAUUUCUCAUACCCCUCGCGCCCAGACUAUCCUGUCUUCAGAGACCUUUCCCUCCGUGCUCGAUCCUCCCAUACCCUUGCCCUUGUGGGCCCCAGUGGGUGUGGCAAGUCCUCUGUCCUCGCGCUCCUCCUCCGCUUCUAUGACCCAUCUUCAGGGCGUGUUUUAAUUGAUGGCAAGGACUUGCGAAAGUACAAUUUGCGAGCCAUACGUCGUCAGAUGGCAUUAGUGAGCCAAGAGCCAGUGCUCUUUGCAUGCUCAAUUAGAGACAACAUUGCAUAUGGGCGACGUGAGGAUGGUGCAGAGCCCAGUGAGGCAGAGGUGGUAGCAGCGGCAGAGGCAGCAAACGCACACACGUUCAUCGCUGCUUUGCCUGAGGGGUACGCUAGCCAAGUGGGGGAGCGGGGAGCACGACUCUCUGGAGGCCAAAAGCAGAGAAUAGCAAUCGCAAGGGCACUUCUGAAGGCACCGGCAGUGUUACUUUUGGAUGAAGCAACGAGUGCUCUGGAUGCAGAGUCUGAGAGACGAGUGCAGGAGGCUUUGGACAAGACGGCCGGCACCCGCACCACGGUGGUGGUGGCUCACCGUUUGGCAACAGUGCGUGGGGCCCACAGCAUCGCCGUUAUCGACGAUGGGAAAGUGGCCGAGCAGGGGUCCCACUCGCACUUGCUGGCGCACCAUCCUGACGGUUGCUACGCGAGGAUGAUACAGCUGCAACGUCUAACACAGUCCGCCCCAACCUCGGGGUCCGGUAAUCUAAUGUAGCAAUAAUGUGCUUUGACUAGGCCAAAUCAAGAGUGAGAAAGUAAGAAAUCGGUGGAUUUCUCUCAAUAUAUUUUAUUGUUCGCCCUUUGGGAAAGGAGCUCAAUUUUCUUCUCUGGUUUUCUGUUCAUGCAUGUUUGGAGAGGUGUGGGCCAUGGAUUUGGGCUCUUCACGUGGACUGUGAUGCAAUGUAGAGAGAGAGAGAUGAGAGAGAAAAAGUGGAGAGAGAAAUGGAGAUGUAAAGAGAUAGUGGAUAAUAUUGGUGGGAAAUGAAUGGAUGGAAUGAUAAGGAAAAAAUAAAGAGAAUGUGAGAGGUGAUUGGUUUGUGGGAAA